AUGGCUUCAGAACCAGAUCCGUCGGCCGCAGUCGAAGACUCGCACUCACUCUCUGCAUCUCAAGAUGUCUCGCAACAGGAGAAGGAUGAUGAACAAUCAUUCCCUCCUAUGGUUCCGCGGGUGCUCAUGGUCAUCGCCCUUGGGUUGUCGCUGUUGAUUGCUGCUCUUGAUGCCACAAUGGUAGCAACAAUUGUACCUACAUUAUCAGAAGAGUUUCAAUCUGUCAAAGACGUAGGAUGGUACGGGUCUGUAUACUUAUUGGUAACUGGUGCAACCCAGCCAACAUUUGGAAAACUCUACGCCACGUUCUCGAGCAAAGCAGUAUUCCUUGCGUCGCUGCUUUUGUUGGAAGGGGGUUCUUUAGUAUGUGCCCUGGCACGCAAUUCCGGGAGCUUCAUCGCCGGAAGGGCGAUUGCGGGUCUCGGCAGCGCCGGUUGCAUCUCCGGCGCUCUAAUCAUCACGGCCCUUGUUGUGCCUCUGCAGCAGCGGCCGAUGUUCACGGGAAUUCUUGGAUCCCUUGAAGGCGUCGCUGUUGUACUGGGCCCGAUUAUUGGCGGCGCGAUUGCCAGUCACAUUGGAUGGAGAUGGUGCUUCUGGGUAAAUCUCCCUAUUGGAGGCGUGCUGUUCAUCGUCCUUGUCUUUCUCUUCAAGCCGCCGAAAACCCCGGGCCAGCAGGCGCCAUUGAAAGACAGAAUCAAAGGGGUCGACUUCAUUGGCGGGACGGGCUUAGUGGGAAGUAUCACCUGCCUCCUUCUCGCGCUUGAAUGGGGAUCAACGCUGUACAAUUGGAGCGACGCCAGACUCAUCGGGCUCCUUGUGGUGUUUGGGGUCUCAUUCAUAUCGGUUGCUGUUCAUCAGCACUGGCUGAAGGAAAAAGCCACGUUUCCGACGCGACUUUUGAGAAACAGGUCUUUCGCUUCAUCUCUGUGGUACGGAUUUGCGUUGUCGAGUGCGCAAAUGGUUGUUCUCUACUAUAUUCCAGUAUGGUUCCAGGCCAUCCAGGGCGUUUCUGCCCGUGAGUCGGGUGUCCGACUGCUGCCGAUGGUUCUCGCCCUAAUCUUCUCGGGCGUGUCUGCGGGGAUUGGGGCGUCCAUUGUCGGGUACCUCCCGCCAUUCAUGAUCGCUGGAACAAUAUUUGCUUCCAUUGGAGCCGGCAUGCUCUACACCUUCCAGCCCAAUAUUGAGAGUGCUAAAUGGAUCGGCUACCAGAUCUUGUUUGGUCUCGGCACCGGCGCUGGAGUUCAGCAGUCCAUUGUCGGGGUUCAGGUCGCCCUCGACCCCUCCGACGUCCCCUACGGCACGUCUGCUAUCAUCUUAGUGAACACUGUUGGGGGCUCCAUCUUCAUCAGCGUGGCCCAGAAUAUCUUCAUCACCAGGAUUGAACGUCUCACGCAGCUGAUCCCAUCCGUGGACCGUGACACGCUCUUGAAUCGUUUCGGAUUCCUUAGAGAGUCGCUCACACCAGAGCAGCUCACAGUUGCGCUUCGAGAGUACAACAGCGGCAUCAAAAACAUAUUCUUGCUAGUCAUCAUUUUAGCCUGUCUGAGCACCUUUGGGUGGGUUCUCAUUAAGUGGAUUCCACUUAGACCACCAAAACCAGCGCCAAUUUCAACUGAAGAAAACUCAUCAAAUGAGGGGGCGAAAACAACAACAGAAGUCAUUUCUCAGCCAGCAUCAUGA